CUUGGAGAAGGUGGGAAUCUGUACACUUCAGCCACCAUGUCUGGAAUUGGCAAUAAAUGGACGGCUGGAGAGCCUGGCCCUUCUGCACCUCCGGAGAAGAAGGGGGUUGAAAAUUUGGGCACCACUGUGGAGACCAUUAAACUUGGUGGUGUUUCUUCCCAGGAGGAGCUGGACAUCCGGACGCUGCAGACCAAGAACCGGAAACUGGCAGAGAUGCUCGACCAGCGCCAGGCCAUCGAAGAUGAGCUGCGGGAGCACAUUGAGAAGCUGGAGCGUCGGCAGGCCACCGACGAUGCCUCUCUGCUGAUCAUCAACCGCUACUGGAAUCAGUUCGAUGAAAAUAUCCGCAUCAUCCUUAAACGCUUUGACCUGGACCAAGGUCUUGGAGACCUUUUGUCUGAAAGAAAAGCACUGGUGGUGCCAGGACCUGAACCAGACUCUGACAGUAAUCAGGAGUGCAAAGAUGAGAGGGAACGAGGUGAGGGGAGGACUGGAGCUGGCAUUCUCCUUCCUGGCCACUUAGCCAGCAGUACCAGUGAGGAGAUAGAAUCUCAGCUGCAGGGGCAUAUGGAGUCCUCCUGCUGUGCUCUUGCCCAGAUUGUCACAAUGUAUGACAAGCUGCAGGAGAAGGUGGAUGUGCUGUCUCACAAGCUGAAUAGUGGAGAUAUUUCACUGAUGGAAGAAACAGUAGUGGAGCUGAAUACCUACCUGUCACACGACAAUGGACGGCUGCAGGAACUGGCUGAUGUUCUUCAGGAGAAGCACAGAGUCAUGUCUCAGGAGUUCUCCAAGCUGCAAGAGAGGGUGGAGACAGCAGAAUCCCGGGUGUCUGUCCUGGAGACCAUGAUUGAUGACCUUCAGUGGGACAUUGACAAGAUCCGCAAGAGAGAGCAGAGGCUCAACCGCCACCUGGCCGACGUCCUGGAACGAGUAAAUUCCAAAGGCUACAAGGUGUAUGGACCUAGGAGCAGCCUCUAUGGGGGAACAAUCACAAUUCAAGGUAAGUUUGAGGAGAUGAAUGCAGAGGGGGAAGAGAGUAAAGAGCUUGCUGGGAAUCGCCUUAAUGAAUUGGAGGAACUAUGUCAGGAUCUCGAGGAAGUAACAAGACAGAAUGAAAAGCUCAAGCACAAGAAGCUGUGGCUCUGUGACAGUCAUUAUGUCUUACUGGUAGAAGGCUACCAUAAUGCCUACUUGCACGUGCACUUCUCUAUUCUCUCACUUUUCUAUGUGUCCCAUCUUUUUGAUGAGGUGAUUAUUGUUUAUGGCAAGUCCAAGGCCAUCAAUGAGCAAGAAGGCCCCAUUAAUCGGGAGAUGCGUCACCUCAUCAGCAGCCUCCAGAAUCACAACCACCAGCUGAAGGGAGAGGUGCUGAGAUACAAGCGCAAACUGAGAGAGGCCCAGGCUGACCUGAGCAAGAUCAGCUCUCGCAGUGGCAGUGCUCUCCUCCAGUCCCAGUCCAGCACUGAAGACACAAAGGAGGAACCUGCAGAGAUCAAGCAGGAGCCUGAUGAUCCUUCUGCCCAAGUGACGGUUCCCAGGGCUGCUUCUGAAGCUGUUAAUGAGAUGAAGGCCAGGCAAGAUGAAGAGGAACGGGAGCAGGAGAGACAGGAAAGGGAGAGGGAACAAGAGAAGGAAAGGGAGAAGGAGAAAGAGAGAGAGUGGGAAAAGCAGAAGCAGAAGGAGUCAGAGAAGGAGAGAGAGACCAAAGAGAAGGAGAAAGGGAAGCAUGAAGAUGGAAGAAAGAAGGAGGCUGAAGUGAUCAAGCAGCUGAAGACUGAGCUCAAGAAAGAGAAGGCUCAGGAGAGUCAGAAGGAGAUGAAACUCUUGCUAGAUAUAUACUGCUCUGCCCCCAAAGAGCAGAGAAACAAAGUGCAGCUGAUGGCAGCUGAGAAGGCAAAAGCUGAGGUGGAUGCCCAGCUGCAGGUGGUACAUAAGCUGGAGGAGAAGGAACACUUACUGCAGAGCAGCAUUGGAACAGGAGAGAAGGAGCUGGGGCUGCGAACACAGGCCCUGGAGAUGAACAAACGCAAGGCCAUGGAUGCAGCCCAGCUUGCAGAUGAUCUGAAGGCCCAGCUAGAGCUGGCUCAGAAGAAGCUACAUGAUUUUCAGGAAGAGAUUGUGGAAAAAGUAACUAGAGAGAAAGAGAUGUUCAACUUCAAAAGGGCUGAGGAAGAUAUUUCUAGGUUGCACAGGAGGCUGGAGUCCACAAAGAAGCCUGACAUGGUUCCCAACUGUGAUGAGAUCCCGAUGGAGGAAAUCAAGGAUUACAAGGCCUGCCUGAUGUGCCCGUGCUGCAGCAUGCACAAGAAGGACGCGGUGCUCACCAAGUGCUUCCACGUCUCCUGCUUGGAGUGCGUGCAGACGCGCUACAACACCCGGCACCGCAAGUGCCCCGAGUGCAGUGUGGCCUUCGGGGCCAGCGACUCCCACAGGAUCUACAUUGGCUGA